UUAAAUUUUGUAUAUGGAUAUAUACUUUUAUGUACACAGAAUUAUUAAAUUCAUUAAAAUUUUUAACUUUAGAUUUGCCUUUAUUGUAAAUACAAGAUUUCGAAUAACUAUUGCUAUUCAAUUCAUGAUUAGUAUAAUGAUAAUAUCCUUCUGCCUUUAUCAAUUAAAUAGGACAACAACAAAAUCUAAUUAUUUUGAAAUGGCAUUAUAUAUAUCUUGCAUGUUAACACAAAUCUUUUUAUAUUGUUGGUAUGGAAACGAAGUAAAAGUAAAGAGUUCUGAAAUGGUUGACAACAUUUUCAAAAUGGAGUGGAUGACAUUGGAUGAAAAUAGAAAGAAAUCUUUGAUGAUAAUAAUGAGGCGAUCACUUGUACCUAUUCAAAUUAGUUGUGCUUAUAUUAUUCCUAUGAAUCUUGAAUCCUUCAUGAGCAUUCUUAAGAUAUCGUAUUCUACAUAUAACUUACUUCAACAAAUAUAGGAAUGAUUUUGUAGAGCGUCAAUAGUAGCCUCGUCCUGUUUAUGUCACGAGAUCAAAUCUGAAAAGAG